CGGCUAGCUUUAUUGAGUCAAAGUCAAUGCAAAUAACUUAAAAAUACAAAGGGUGGCAUUAAUUAAAAAAUCUCGGGGAGAGCUGCAAAACUCAUCUCUCUCAACCUGCAAUGUCGAAAUCGUUUUGUCGCCUCCCCUCCAAGCGACGCAUUAGCCUGCAGUUUGAAGCUUGUAGAGGAAAAUCCAUGGCGCGAUCUGCAGACUCGUCCCAGUUUCUAGGAGGACGAAUGUGUGGGAGAGGGUGAAGCGCGUAAGCCACAGAUUGGCCUCUCUCUUCAUUGCUAGUCUCGGACGGAAUAGAUUGCCUCUAGGCAUCAUGAGCGUGCGUUCAAGAACCCAGAACUGUACGUCCCAGGCCUCGUGCAGCGAGGAUGGCCUCGAAGAGAAAACCCGAUGACUCUGACAUUCCAGCUGAAAAGCCAAAGCGGAGACACGAAGAUACUAUAGGAAAAGAGAUUAUUCUGAGCAAUGGGGAUAAUACCAACGUGCUCUGCAAGUGCGGAAACUCCGACCUUGAAGCUAUGGUGCGAAGAGUGUUGCGAGAGGAGUUGGCUGCAGCACAGAACCAAUCUCCAAGAUUGACCUCUAACCAGUGUGGUGGGAUAUCGGAAGCCAGAUACUUUCAGUUGCGUUUCGUUAAUAACCUAAAACGGGAAUAUUAUACACAGAAAAAUAUAUUGGCUGAGGGUGACGAGCCUAUUCAAAUUGAUCUACUUGAUGUUAGAUCUCAAUCUAUCGUAAAUGAGGGUCCCAUGUCUUCCAUGAAAAUAGAUAUGUGUGUCCUCCCAGGGGAUUUUGGAAGCAAUGAGGAUGAUCAUCAGAAUUGGAGCAGGGAGAAAUUCGUUGACAGCAUCUUACGACCAAGAGAAGGAAAAAAGGCACUUCUGAAAGGAGAUACAGGAAUCACACUAAAAGAUGGAGUUGGUUCAAUUCGUAAUGAGAUUGAGUUUACUGAUAACUCAAGCUGGUUAAGAAGCGGAACCUUCAGAUUAGCAGCCAAAUCCAAAGAAGCAAACGUUAUGGAAGCUACUAGCCAGCCUUUUACCGUCAAAGAUAAAAGAGCCAUCAUGAAACUCGAACGACCGUCCUUGAAUAGUGAAGUAUGGCGCUUGAAACACAUAGGGAAAGGUGGGCGAACUCACAAACAGAUGUCAGUUGAAGGAAUAGAAACAGUCAAGAUUCUUCUGCAACGUUACACAAUCAAUCCAUCUUUGUUAAGAGAGAAAUUUAGCAACAUUCCGAGCGGUAAAUGGCAGGAUAUAAUUAAAAAUGCUAGGGCGUGUGUUAUUGACGAUAAGGAGCGUUACCUCUAUUGCGCAGCAGAAGGACCGCUGUGCUUCGUCUUUAAUUCCAUCUAUGAGGUUGUGAUGGUGAGCUUCGAUAAUGGUCAGACUUAUCGUUCACCGGAAACUUUCACUUCGGAUGAGAAGCUUCUGGUGGAAAUAGCAAAGCAGGAAGCUUAUGAAAAUGAGGGAGAUUUCAAGCCAUGGUCAGCAUUGGAGAAUAAUCUACAAGCUGCGCAGUUCAGCGCUGGCGGCCCACCGGCUGAGCAAGGGCAAGAGUUUGAUUGGUGGGCCACCUCAUCAUUUGAGCAAUUGUACUUGGAAGGAGACUUUGGCUGCUGUUCUUCUCAGCCACUCUUUAAUCCUGACGCGGCUGCUUCAAGUUCAACCCCCAGCGAACGCAAAAGCAAAAUGAUGUGGAUUAAGAUUGGAGUUGCUUUCAAAUUCUUAACAUCUCUCUGCCGCUAAUUGCAAUGUCUUCUAUUAUGCUUUUAAUUUAUACCCAACAUGUUUGGUUUGCCUUUACAUCUUGCAAUUUAAGUUUGGGCUGUGAAGAUAAUGGGGCUCUGUCUGCAAUGACAAUCGUGAUCGUGCAUGUUGCCUUUUAUAUUUAAAAAACAACA